UGCAGCAUCAAUCAUGCAAGGCUCCGCCGCGGAGCUGGCAAGCCUCAUAAGCCGAACUCUGCUCGUAGCGUCGAGCCGCGCAUGGACGCCGUCACACGAGAAGACGCUACACCAACUCGGCUGCCGCCACUCACUGAGCCCCACCGUCGUCGCCCGAGUCAUCGACCCCUUCCUCCUCAACCAACACUCUCUCGCUUCCGGAUUCUUCAAUUGGGCGUCCCAGCAGCCGGGCUUCUCCCACACCUCCGACACCUACCAAUCCCUCCUCAAAUCCCUAGCCAUUUCCCGCCAAUUCAACUCAAUCGAUAAGCUUUUAAAGCAAAUCAGAGCGCAGAGGGUUUCCUUGCACCCCCGCGUUUAUCGCUCCGUCAUUGCUUCUCUUGUCGCUGGGAGGAGAACUCAUACGGCAUUCUCUCUCUUUCGCGACGUUGCCUCCAUCGCGCCGGAGAUAGGGCCUGAAGCUUGCAAUUCGCUUCUGGCCGCGCUGGCUUCUGAUGGGAAUGUGAAGAGUGCCCGCAAUGUGUUCGAUGAAAUGCUUAACAGAGGUGUUCGUCUCAGUACUAUUGGUUUUGGGGUUUUUUUGUGGAGGGUUUGCGGAAAGAUGGAACUGGUUGAGAUUCUGGGUUUGAUUGAUGAUGUAAAAAAGGUUGAUUUUUCAGGGGUUAAUGGGUCGGUUGUUGCGCUGUUGGUGGUUCAUGGUUUAUGCACAGAGCUUCGGGCGAAUGAUGCGAUGUUUGCAUUGGAGGAGUUGAGGAAAAGAGAAUGUAAGCCUGACUUUAUGGCGUAUAGAGUUGUGGCUGAGACAUUGCGCCAGAUGGGAUGCGUGGUUGAUGUAAACAUGGUUUUGAAGAGGAAACGUAAGUUAGGGGUGGCGCCAAGGGCCAGUGAUUAUCGGGAGCUUAUUCUUCAGUUUGUCACAGAGAGACACUUGUGUGAAGCAAAAGACUUGGGCGAUGUGAUAGUGAGUGGGGAUUUUCCGAUUGAGGAUGAUGUUCUGAAUGUCUUGAUAGGAUCUGUUUCGUCUUCUGACCCUGCACGUGCAAUCUCAUUUUUAAGGUUUAUGCUCGAGAAAGAGAGAUCGCCAACUCUGCUGACAGUGAUCAACUUGAGUGAAAACCUUUGUAAGCAUGGAAAGGGAGAAGAGUUGGUUGAAGUAUUCCAGCUCUUGUCCACGAAGGAGUACUUCAGUGACUUGGAGAGUUACAACGUGAUGGUUUCAUACCUUUGUAAAGCGGGAAGAGUUAAAGAAGCUUAUCAGGUGCUUCAAGAGAUAAAGAAAAAAGGUUUAGGACCCGACGUGUCAUCUUACAAUUAUCUUCUCGAAGCUUGCUGCAGGGAUGAUCUUGUGCGCCCUGCAAAGCGGCUGUGGGAUGAGAUGUUUGCAAGUGGUUGUUGUGGUAAUUUGGAAAGUUUCAAUAUCCUUAUCAACAAAUUUUGUGAAGUAGAUCAGGUCGAAGAUGCUUGCCACCUGUUUAACCAGAUGACCAUGAAAGGAUUGGAACCCAAUGAGUCAACAUACAAAUCCCUCCUUCAGGGCAUCUGCCGGGCGAAAAAUGUUGACUUAGCUCUUGAAAUAUUCAACAAGGCGGUUGAACAGGACGAAGGACUUGCCAAGGCCUUACUGAAUGCAUUUGUUCUUUGCCUCUGCAAAGAAGGGUUUCUCCUUCCGGUUUCUCAAUUGUUGCGUGAACUCACUUCUCGCAUAGGAUGUGCAGAAUCCCAUUUGACUUUUUUGAGAUACUUAGCUGAUGCUGGACAGCAUUCCUUGGCCUGCAAGCACUUACAAUGGAUUGCAGAUGAAUCACCUGAAAUGCUACAUACUAUUCCCCCCGAAUUUGCUGCAUCACUCUCAUCUUCAUGAUUCAGAUUAUCAACGGGAGUUUAAACGUGCUCAUGGGGGAUUUAAGGGUGCGCUCUACCCCAUUGCAGACCUCCAAGAAAACUGGCAUCCUACCGGCAGGCUGUGUUAGAUGUAGCAAAUGGAUAACUCACGCUUCAAGUGAAUGAUGAGGGCCACACUUUGUCCAUCUAUCAAUCUAUAUGAUUCCAUGAAGAUGAAGGUUCCAAGAACCAUGAUGAAGGUAUGGUUUUGAAUGGGGGCUCCUCCAAUGUUAUGGGAGAUUGCUACACUUGGAAGGAACUGCUGGCGUCUCGUUGGACUUUUCAGAUUACUGCGUUUAAGAAGAUGCAUCACAAAUUGUAUACUACUAUAAUCUUAGUCCACCCUGCCUAAAAAUGUAGUGAGAAAUGGACAUGUUAGUUUGGAUGAUCAAGAACAAUGUGAGAUCUUGAUGUAAGAAAUUUAUGCAGGAGAGAAAUACCUCCUCCACUCCUAAUUAAGUAUCCUCUUCAGCAAAAGA